AAGUAACUGUUGCUCCUGUCACGAGAUUGUUUUUGGCAGUUGUGUUUGGAUUAUUUAUAUUAAUUUCUAACUAAUAAAAGACCAUGUCCGAUCAAGAGAAUUCCUUUAGCCUCGAAAACCUACAAGAAAAAAGAUCUGCAACCGAAAACAGAAUUCCCCGAUCUCCAGCAGUCGACACCUACGAAUCAUACGCAUCCUGGAGAAAAAAAAAAUUCCCACCAAAGCCCUUGGAUUACAAAGCCGAAGACUACACAUUAUCCAAACAUCAGAACAGCAAUGACAAUUAUCCAAACAACAAUCCACCGAAUCCAAACUUCCAAAAGUCAUCAUAUUUUCCAACCGAGACUCAAAAUCCCCCUUCAGAAAAUUACUCAAAUCACAGUCCUCCUGAUUCAAUGCUACCCCGAUCUACCUAUUUUUCUCCAGAUUCCGAAAACUUACAUUCCCGACCGAAAAUCGACACAAGAAGGUCUCUUCCUGCCAGUGAAGGCAGUUGUCAAACAUACAAUCCAAAUGCUUAUCAAGCAAAAGAAUCUGAAGAUCAUCAAAGUAGUCCCCACGGAAUGAAAACCUCUUCGCCAAUGAAUAAAAUUUCGAGAGAGGCUCAGCAUUAUCUGAAAAUGUAUUCCUCAAGAUCUGAAAAUCCUCAUUUGAAUUCCAAUCCGAGAAAUUCCAAUCCGAGAAAUUCCAGUCCCCGAUUUUCGAGAAGACCUUCUAAUUCCAACAGUCCUAAUCCACAAAAUUCGAAUCGUGGAAGCACUGGAGAUUUAAGAAGCAAUCAGAGAGAUUUUAUUCCAGAGGCUAAUUCAAGAAGAGCUCCAGUUAAUUACGAUCCUCGAUCAAACCCAAAUACUGGAGCCUUGCAGCCUCUGAGACAUAAAUCAGAUCACAGACAUUCUUUUCCAAGUUGUUGUCCAGUGGAGCACAGAGAACCAGAAAAUGGAGAAAUGAUCAAGGGUCUCUUGAAACUAAUUGACAAUCAGAGCGAGCAAAUCAAGAGUUUACAAGCGCAGCUCAAUCAUCUUCUGCAUAUUCACGAGGAAACGCUCAAAGAAAAGGCAAAGUGCAUCUGCUCCCUUGAAAUUCCUCGUCAGAAUCCACAGAUUUGUAUGCAAGCCUACAACGCAGCUUUGCAGCAAACUUCCACAAUGGGAGUCGAAAAUUACAAUCAAAAUUCGAGAAUUCAGGACUCGAAUCAACUUGCUAACGAAGCCUCGAAUCGUCGGAAUGUUCAGUUUGAGGAUCACGCGAAAAAAACCUUGCUCGAGAGGAAAGUCUCGAUUGGUGUGAUGACCAGUUUUGAAUUCACGGUUCAGAAUAGUCCCUUCAAUGUGGAGAAUGAAGAGCAGCCAAUCGUUGAUGAUCAGGAGGACGAAAUUGGCAAAGAGGGUGACAAAAAUCUCUCGAAUCUUGAACUCUUGAGGAGGAAGCAAAAUAUUUUUUCGAUGAUGCCAAGUCCUUUGGAGAAUAUAAUCGAGGAUUCUGAGAGUCAUCUUUCUUCUAGUCAACAGCCCAGCAGUAAUGGGCUCUCUUCCUGCAAAAGGAGCCAUUCGGGAAAUAAUUCUAAUGCAAAUAAUGCAAAUCAUUUUAAUGCAUCAACUCAAAAUAGUCCAGGUAUUCAAAAAAAUAUUCAGAAUAGAAGAGAAAAUGGACAGAGUGUAGAAACUAGAAAUCAGAGAGAUGUUGCUUGGGAUUCUAAGCAAAAUUCUUCCCCGGCUACGAGAAACGAGCCAGUGAAACAAAAAACGGUUCCAAAUUCGAGAAGAAGUGGAACACCUCACAGAUUUGAGAAUCCAGGAACUGUAAAUCGUUCUCCGGAUUUUUGCGGGCGAGCGGAAAUGAGAAGAGAGAGGCAGAAUGAGAGAAUUGAUGGGAGAGAGAGUAAGAGGAAUGAGGAUAAUUUUCAAGAUGAUAGUCUGAAUUUGAGUGGAGGUCAGCUUGAAGUUAGGGAGAGAGUUCCUCCGAGUCCUGAGCCGAGUAUUCAUGUUGAUAUGCAAGAAUAUUCCAGUGAGGAAGGCAGUGUUCAGACGAAAAGAACCCCGAAAGUUGGAUGGACUUUUUAUAAUAACGUUCUGGGACAGGUUAAUCAUAUUUUGCAAAAUUCACCGACGGAGAAGGAUGAUGAGAGGAGUGCAAAAGGUCCUGAGAGGAAGGAAUUGGAUAAUAAUGUUCUGAUGGAUACGGUGAAAGCUGCGACUAUGGACCAACUUAAAAAAUUGGGCAUCAGUUUUGUUGACAACAACGAAGCAAAGGAGGCGAACGCUAACAAAAAAGUGACUUUUGAUCCCUCAUAUUAUGGCCGAUUUAAUCCAGAAAUGAAUAUGAUGCAAGGAACGAGUUACACGAAUGAAACAAAUACAAGUAUGCACAUGAAAGCCUUAGCUAUGAAAUAUUUGAAUGAAGAACAAGUUUGUGAUGCGAUGCAACAAAAGCAAAGGCGAGGAGCUUUAAAAAAUCUCAUGGUUAGUAAUGUCCAAGGGACAACCAACAUGUCCUUUGCCACGAUGAGAUAUUUACAAAGAUACCAGUUGCUUCCGGAAAGCAUGAAUGGUUACAUGGAAGAUGAAGGAAAAGAAAACUUCCAGAUGCCACAUAUUUCCGAAAACCAGGUACCAGUUAUGCAAAAACCGAGUCGACCAGCUCAUCCCCAAACGACAAAAACAAGCUGCCCCAGUAAAAUUUUGGAUAUCUCGACAUUGAAGCAACAGCCGAAACUUUUAUGAUAAAAGUCCCAUUAUCUAGUUUUUAAUUACGAUUUUUAGAAAGCAAGUAAAUUUAUUAAUUUUUGUAUAAUAGCUCUAAUCGCAGAAUAAG